AGAGUCCAGCUUCUGGCGAAGUAAACACAGUACAAGUAUAUGUAGAUUGUUCAGUAUGUACCGCGUACUCAUCUUAUUAACUGCCCUACUGGUGAAUGCCGGGAUACAUGCCAUAAAGAUUCAAAUUGAGAAACCAGAAUGGCCUCUAAACUACAAGGCAUGUGUACGUCACAAGACCGACCGAGAAUUCAUAACUGUAGGAUGGUAUGUCGACACAGAAGGACAACGCAUGCGCCUCGAUAGCUACGGAAUACCAAAGGAGAAUAAAUACACAUACGAGAGCGGCAGCCGACGGACGUUUGAGUACGCCUGUGAGCCGAUUGGAGAACCAUUGUACGUCUACAUGUACCAUUUUGGAAUCGGGAAGCAGCUUAACCUAAUGCCAUCGCCAACGCCUCCCUACAAACAGUGCAUCGUUUAUAACAUUACCAACUCGUUCCCGCCCAGUCCGCUUCUCCCACACGUGACUUUUCUGGAGAGAACACGUGACAAUGUGACGGUGUACGACCAUUGGCGCUCCGAGUACUUCCUGUUUACAAUGGACUACUACUUCCACGUGGUUAACGGUCUCCCUUACAAGAUGUUUGUCAAUGCCGAAGUCAACGAGUUCAUCUCGUUUGAGGUCGGAGAUCAACCGGAUGACGUUUUCCUUCCUCCCAAGAACGUACCGUGUUAUUAUGGCACUGAUUCCGAUUAAAAAGAACGAAAAAAUGCCUCGUAACGCCGUUUUUUAAAGAUGUUAUUCUGUAAAAAACAUUUUGAUCUUGUUUUUUUUUUGCUAUUUUUUUUUUAAAUGACAGAAAAACACUCUUUUAAUUCAAGAGAGAUAAAUUAUCAAAAUUUUAUGCCUUUACAAAUUUCAAGUCAUUUAUUUAAGCUAAUCAAAAUUACAGAAAAAUGAGGGUUUUUUUUAUCUGAAUC